AUGUCGAACAGAGAGGACGAUUUUCUUUUUUCUUUGCCGAACUUCGACAUUGAAGAUUUAUUUUCGGAUUUCGAACUACCUCCGCCCGCAGAUACGUCGACAGAAGAGAAAAAGAAGAGAAACAUAACAGUAGUUUCGGAUGCCGAACUUGCUAACAGAAACGAGGAAAGGAUACCUGAUGGAACGAAAUGGAGUACUAAUUGGUGUGUUCGUACGUGGACAGAGUGGGCCGAGGAGCGUAGAAAUGCCAACGCAACUAUUACGUCUGAUUUAUACACGGUGGUCAAUCCCGAUGUAUCGAGUCUGAGCAAAGAAGAACUUGCGUAUUGGCUCAGUAAGUUUGUAGUGGAGGUGAGGAAAAAGAAACCACUUGGAGAACCAUAUCCACCUAACACUUUGUACCAGCUUUGUUGUGGAAUUYAGCGACACUUAAGAGAAAAUGGGCAACCAGAACUUAAUGUGUUCGAGAAUCCAUCUUUCAAGCUGUUUCAAAAUUCUUUAGAUGCGGAAAUGAAGCGUUUAACCUCAGAAGGAGUUGGUGCAAUUGUAAAGCAAGCCGAAUCGUUCACUGGAGAACAAGAAGAAAAGUUGUGGAGCUUGCAUUUAUUAGGAUCUGAAUCUCCACAAGUUUUGUUAGAUACACUGGUCUUUCUAAUUGGGAAAAAUUUUGCAUUAAGGAGUGGAAAGGAGCAUCGUAACCUUCAGUUUAAUCAGCUCAAACUGGUGCCAGCCAAAGAAAACGAGCCAGAAAAACUAGUUUACUGCUCAUUUGGAGAAAAGAACAACUCAGGAGGUUUGAAGCAUCCAGCUUUCAAGGGAAAAAAGGUGGAACAUUACGCGAGCGAAGAAAAUCCCGAAAGGUGCUUGGUCUGGUUGUACAAAAAGUACGUGGAAAAAUGUCCAAAGUCUGCCCUUGAGAAGAAAAUGUUUUAUCUUUMUCCAAGSCGAAAGUGGAGUGUGAAAGAUAAAGAGUGGUUUACGGCAAACCCAGUUGGGCAUAACCCUUUGGGCAAUACUGUUCGGAGGUUAUGUCAGAAAGCCGGAAUCGAAGGGCAUUUCACGAACCACAGCUUGCRAGCGACAUCAGCUACACGAGGUCUUGAAGCAGGCGUUCCUGAGAAGCUCAUUAUGGAAGUAACUGGACAUAGGGACCCWAGAUCAUUACAACGAUAUCAGCGACCAAGCGUAGAGGUAAAGAAAGCUAUAUCUAAGUGUUUCAAAAGUGGUAGUUUGUCUUUUGCUGAACAGAUCAAGAAAAGGAAAAGCGCGGAGGAAUCAAGGGAAGAGACAAAGAAACGAGUACACUUGGAAGAAACUGAAAGCCAAAGAUGCACCAUGCAUUUUGAAAAUUGCACAUUUCGCUUUAAUUAG